UGGAGGAGAGGUCUUAGGUCAUAAAUUUAUCACAUCAAUAUAAUUCUUGUAAAGGGCGGAGUUAGAAAUCUCUGCCCUUUACAAUAAUUUUUAAUGGCUUUUAAGCGAUAUUUAUAUCUCUAUAGUUUUAUUUUCGUCUUUAUUAUUUUUCUUCAUAUUGCCAUUUCUCAUGGUGCAUCAUCAUCAUUGGAAGAUGAGAAUUCCCUCUUAAAAUUCAAGCAAAGUUUAAAGGACGAUUCAAAUGCCCUUUUAAGUUGGGAUCCCUCAAAAAGUAGACCAUGUUAUGGAAGUAAGAAUAAUUGGGUUGGUAUAAUAUGCUCUAAAGGUGGUAAUAUUUGGGGAUUAAGACUUGAAAAUAUGGAAUUAUCAGGAUCGAUUGAUAUAGAUGCUCUUUCAGAAAUAUCAAGAUUAAGAUCUUUAAGUUUUAUGAAUAAUAGUUUUAGUGGGCCCUUGCCUGAUUUUAGGAAAUUAAGACCUUUAAAAGCUUUUUUUUUGUCGAAUAAUAAAUUUGAUGGAUCUAUUUCUUCGAAUGCUUUUCAAGGAAUGAGACGUUUAAGAAAACUUUAUUUAGAGAAUAAUAAAUUUAAUGGUAAAAUUCCAAUUUCUUUAGUUGAUUUGGAAAAGAUUGUGGAAUUAAAUCUUGAAGGUAACCAAUUUGAAGGCCCUAUUCCUGAUCUUAAAUCAAGUGCAUCUCUUAAAACUUUUAAUGUUUCUAAUAACCAAUUGGAAGGUCCAAUUCCAAGUACCCUUGCUAAAUUUGAUGCUACUGCUUUUUCAGGAAACAAAGAGCUGUAUGGACCUCCACUAACAAAAGCUUCAUCAUCACCACCCCCAUCCACAAACAACCCAAAUGGACCAUCCAUGGAGGACCAAACAGAAGACCGAUCAACAUCAACAAAACCGGAAUCAGAAAUAUCAGACAAACAUGUCCCAAUAGCAGCCAUUGCAGCUGGUGUUUCAGUAGCCAUCAUUCUAGCAAUUCUACUAAUCAUAUUAGUACUUAAAACCAAUAACUGCACUAAAACCAAUCAAGACAACAACAUUUCUAGAUCAGAUAAACAAUGGACGGCGGCGACAUCGACACAUGGCAGCAACCAAGGUUUUAACGAAAACUCGAAUGGUGGUGGUGGCGGUGGUAAUGGUGGUGGUGGUCGGAAAGGCGAAAGUGUAGGGAAAUUGACAUUUGUAAGGGAGGAUUAUAGGCCAAAAUUUGACUUACCAGAUUUGUUAAAGGCAGCAGCAGAGAUAUUGGGAAGUGGGUGUUUUGGAUCAUCUUAUAAGGCAACAUUUAAUGAUGGGAAUGCUGUGGUUGUAAAAAGGUUUAAGCAAAUGAAUAAUGUGGGUAGAGAAGAGUUUCAAGAACAUAUGAGAAGAUUAGGGAGGUUAAAUCAUCCUAAUGUGCUUCCACUUUUGGCUUAUUAUUAUAGAAAAGAAGAGAAACUUUUUAUUACUAAUCCUAUUCAAAAGGGUAGCCUUGCUGUUCUUCUUCAUGGCCAAACUCGAGGAAAACCAACCUUAGAUUGGCCAACACGUUUAAAGGUAAUCAAAGGAGUAGCAAAAGGUCUUGCAUACUUGUACAAAGAACUUGCCUGUUUAGUCGCACCCCACGGACAUCUAAAGUCAUCCAACGUACUAAUCAAUGCGUCGUACGAUGCAUUGAUCAGUGAUUACGGUUUAAUCCCUCUAAUCAACCAAGAAAGUGUACAAGAAAUGAUGGUAGCCUAUAAAUCACCCGAACAUUUCAACAAUGGACGUAUCACAAAAAAAACCGAUGUUUGGGCACUCGGAAUCUUGAUAAUAGAAGUACUAACAGGUAAAUUUCCAUCGUCGUACUUACAAAAUGGGACUGAAGUCGAUAUGACCAUUUGGGUACGUUCAGUUAUAAAUGAAGGAUUCGAUAAAAACGUGAAUUCAACUCGGAAUUGUGAAGGGGAAAUGCAAAAGUUACUAAAUAUUGGUAUGGCUUGUUGUGAAAGUAAUGUCGAUAAAAGGUUGGAUAUCAAUCAGGCUUGUGAUCAGAUUCAAGAGCUUCAUGAUCCUGAUUUAGAGGAUGAUUUUUACUCUACUUGUGAUAGUACUGAACCCGGUUCACGAAACUCUUCUAGACCCGCUUCACAUGAUUUUACUGUGCUUAUCAAUUAAUGUACGUACGUAUGUACAUCAUGAUGACCACAUGUUAUGAUCGUUGCAUCACGUCUUGCCUUGUCUUUGCUCGAUCUUUUAAAAAUUAUUUGGCUAUGUAUACGUACACCACAAAAAUGAUAUAGAGAUUAAACGUUAAUUGUACGUCCAUGGAAGUGAUCGCAAAUUCGAGAUAUAUAUUUUGUUUUGAUUUAUUUUUGGUUGUGCUACAUCAUUUUUUUCUUGUGUAAAUAAUUAAUCUUGUUGAAUAUUGUAAAUCUCGUUAAUUGGAUUUUU